AUGGAAUGUCACUAAAUAAGAUUGUAAAGUGGUUUUGCAGGAUGAUUAAAAAUUUAACUUAUUAUGUAAACCUUAACUGGUAAAAUUUAUAGAACAACUUUAUAAAAAUCAAGAAAUACAAAAAUAGAUGAUUAAAACAUCUUUUCCAUAAUUAAGUUAGAGAUUUAUGAAUAAUGUUCAGAAUUUGAUUCAUUCUCAAAGAAAUGAUUCAAAAGAGAAGGAAUAAAUUAUUUUGUCAUAGAUAUAUUAAAAAUGGAAUAUGAGGAUUUAGAAGGUUGAGAGGAGAGAUAAGAAAAUGUCAUACUUAUAAUAUGGCAAGAAAAGAAUUCUCAUAUUUUGGGAUUUAUUGCUGAGAAGACAUUAAGUAAUACUAUAUAGAAUACAUAACUUUGUUUUUUGUAGCGAAUUAUUUGAAAAAUAUUAUCUAGAUAGAAUUGUGUAAUUUUUGUUUUUAAUCUUGUAAGCCCAAUAUAGGUAUAAGAAUAUUUAAAAUUUUACUUUUAACAAUAGUGCAUUCGUCAUUAAAAUCAUCUAUUCUGUAAGAAUUAUGGAGAUUAUUAUUGAGUUAUUCAAGAAAAAAACUACGUGUGAUACUUUUCAGAAAACAACUUGAUUUAAAUUUCUUAAUGUGUUUUUUAUAGAAUCCCAUCGCUUAUUCCAUAUAUCUACCAAGACUUAUAUGUAAAAUAUGA